AUGGCAGCAACAACCACAAAUUAUACUGAAAUACAAGAUGAAGAAGCGAAUGCAUCAUUUCUACUUGGUAAACGUGAUGUAUUAUUAAAUAAUUAUCAAUCAGCAUGUGAUCAUUUAUCAAAAGCAUGUGAACGAAUUGUUAAAUUACGUGGAAAAGAUACGGUACCUGAACUUGCGGAACCGUAUUUUUAUUAUGGUCAAGCAUUACUUUAUCUUAGUCUUAGUGAACAACAAGUCUUCGGUAGUGAUAUUGUUAAAGAUACAGAUAAUGAUGAGAAUGAAAUUAUCGAAGAAGAAGAUAUACAAGAACAAGAAGAAAAUGCUGAUGGAAAAGAAGAAGAACAAGAAGAUGAUUCAAUACCAGAUGAUGAAAAUGUGAAUGAUCUUGAACGUGCAUUUGAAAUUCUUGAAUGUGCACAUAUGAUAUUCUCAAACAUGUCUGAAACAAGUCCUAACGAUGCACAUAUUAUAACACGUUUAGCUGAUAUUCAUGUUAUGCUUGCAGAUAUUUGUAAUGAAAAUGGCGAUCAUGAAAAUGCUCUUUCACAUGUACUUAAAGCUAUUGAAUUACAAGAAACAUUAAAUGAACAGCAACGUUAUCGAUUACUUGCUGAAAGUUAUUAUAAAUUAGGUUUAAUUUAUGAAUUAAUUAGUAAAUUUUCCGAAGCUAUGGAAAGUUUUACUAAAGCUAUUGAUGCAAUUAAUCAAGCUAUUCAAAAAUUAGAUGGUGAUGAUAAAGAAGCUGAACGUGAAGAACUUAAAUCACUUUUACCAUCAAUUGAACUUAAACUUAAUGAUGCAAAAUCAUCCAUUGCUGAACAACAUUUAAUUAUUCAAGCACGAAAAAUUCUCUCAGGAACAAAUAAUACAACAGAUACGAAAACACUUGAAGCGCCAGCUAAAGAUAUAACAUUAAAUAUUCGUCAUAAAAGACCAAUAGCUGAUACUGAAAACGAUGAAGAAGCAAAUAAAAAAGUUAAAAAUGAAUAA